GCUCUUAUCAACCACUACCGCUUACGCUGUUGCACGACACUACACGCCUCUGAAAGCUUACACCCGCGCAAUCAGUCACCAUGCCUGGAGUUCCCAUCGACGCUCUGGACAAUCUCAAGUCCAAGUUCAAGGCCAUCUUCAAGAAGAAGGCCGACAAGAAGGCAGACGCCCCCAAGCCCGCCGAGUCCAAGCCCGCCGAGACUCCUGCCGCCACCACCACCCCGGCUACCGAGCCCACCAAGACCGACGCAGCUCCCGCCGCUGCCCCGGCCACCGAGCCUGCAGCUCCUACCCCUGCUCCCGCUGCCGCUGCUGAGCCGGCCAAGGCCCCCGAGCCCGAAGCUAAGAAGGACGAUGCCCCGGCCACUACCGAGCCCGCUAAGGCUCCCGAGCCUGCUCCUGCCGCCCCUGCUGCUCCUGCAGUAGCCACCGAGGCCCCCAAGGCGCCUGAGCCCGCUACCGCUCCUACCCCAGCGCCCGAGCCCGCCCCGGCUGCUGCCACCGAGCCCGCCAAGACUGAGACUCCCGCUAAGACUGAGACUCCCGCUGCCGCUGCCCCGGCCGCCGCCCCUGCUGCUGAGACCGCUGCCGCUGCCGCCCCCACCGAGGCCGCCAAGCCCGAGGAGAAGCCGGCCGAGGAGAAGAAGGAGGCCACCGCCGCUUAGACGGCGCUGCCGAGUGUCUACCAUCUGGGCUUCCGGAAAAGUGUCCGAGGGCCGCGGCGGGUGAGCAGACUACGUUGGCAGCCGUCAAGCCGCGGCAGCAUAUAACGGGGAGGGAUGCACGCGGAAGGAAAUUGCAUGACUUUCUUGCUUGGAUUAGACCUUUUGGUCUAGUAUGUUCUUUUGCUUAAUUGUCGGAUACCCAUUAGUCUAGUAGUUGAUUCAAGCGUGCCAUGUUUACACUGUCCCCAAGGAGUACACGCCGCCUGUGCUUUUUGAAAAGAGUAUACCGUGACUAGUCCGUACCAACACAGCUAGCUGUAUGUAAGCUGCUUUUCUUCUACUGCCAGAUUCGCGUGGAGCCAGCAGUGAAGGCAAGACUGGGGAAA